AUGAAAAAAUUUAUGAGUGCAAUGUUGCUAGUCCAUUCGUUUGGAAAAAUAAGUAAUUUUGAUAACGUGAUAAUUGAUUCAUACAAAGGAUGUCAUAUGUAAAUAAGCAAAUCAUAUCAGAAAGAGCAAUUUAAAUUAAUACAUAAAUAAUCCAAAAUUGUUUAAAUAGCAUCUAAUCGACUUUAUAGAAAAGAGCAAAUCUAAUAAUAACACAGCAAUUUGGAUUGACCUUUAAAAGGACUAAUUGCGUUUGGCUCCUGUAUAAAAUACAUAUCCAAUAGACUUUAAUUGAAUAAGGAUUUAAGAUGCACAGAGUAUCUGAGAAUAUUUUGCAAUUUUCAAAAUGGCUGCCAGAUUGUCAAAGCAGAUUGCCUGAUUAAUCAACCCAUUAUGUUGGGGUCGGCGGAAUAGUCGUAAAGGGUGAUAGCAUAUUACUUGUUCAAGAAAAGAAUGGGUAAAGAAAGGGUGCUUGGGGAACUCCAGGGGGACUGGUGGAUCAGAAGGAAUCAAUAAUUUAGGCAGUGUUAAGAGAAGUAAAAGAGGAAACUAAUUUAGAUGUAUGAAUUAAUAUAUAUAUAAUAUUAGUGUAAAGUGGAGGAUGUAUUGUAUUUUAGAGAGAUGCAUGAUGCAAGAUAUGGAAAAACUGACUUAUAUUUUGCAUUUAGAUUAAGAUGUUUAGAUGAUUAAUAGAUAAAGAUAUGUGAUUAGGAGCUGAUGGAUUAUAGAUGGGUGCCCAUUAACGGGAUAUUAGAUGUAAUAGUUUGUUUAUGAUCUUUUAGUUCAUGAAGAAGGAGAAUCAGAAACCACAUGUGAUAAACUUCUAUAAAUCGGUUUAGGAGAGACUUACAGGAGAUGAAUGCAAAUAUAUGAAUAUAGAAGAGAGGAAGGAAAUGUAUUAUGGUUAAAUGAAAUAUUAUGUUAUUUUCAAACCCAGAUUUUGAAUUUUUA